CCGCAAUCGAAUAUGCCUCCACGAUUGAAUAUUGGAUCAUUUGCCCGUGGAAUUCGGUACAGAGCGCAACGGCAAUCGCAAUGGCGAAUCCAGCCCGUCAUACGAACGGCGAUACCCCGAUGCCGCUUCUACUCGGACGAGAAAGACCCUCCUGUUGCAACUCGAUCAAAACGCAUUGAUUCGCAAUCUCUACCAGUGGUUAGCGAGGAGGCUGCAAAAAUGGCUAAGAUCACAGGCACGGAAGGCCCAGAAUUGGAGCAGGGAACACCCAUCGAGGAGGUUGUUAAAGAUGACAAAGAGGCGAUAUCGAAGCUCCCCAAAGUUAUGCAGAACGCGCUCAAAGCAAAGCCCUUGGAUUCGACACCCAAAUGCUCCCGCUCGUACUCUACGACUACUACACCAACUACCGCCGGCGGGGUUGAUUUGGGGCUCGUGGAUUUCAACCUGAAAACAAGACCAGAAGUUCCAGGCGUGAAAUUUGGGCUGCCAACACUCCCGAUUCCUAAGGAUGCGCACGUAAAACAUAGAUACGACCCAGUCGUUGACCAAGUCACCAAUCUGCUCAUGCGCCAUGGUGAGAAGAGCGUUGCUCAACGGAAUAUGGCCCUUAUUCUUGAACAUCUCCGCACCGCUCCCAUUCCGACUAUCAACCCAACCCGACCCUUAAUUCCUGGUGCUCCUCCACCAUCACACCUCCCUCUCAACCCUAUAUUAUACCUCACCCUCGCCAUAGACUCAGUCGCCCCUCUUCUCCGCAUUCGAAGCCAGAGGGGUGCCGCGGGUGGUGGUGUUGCCUUGCAGAUCCCGGUCCCCCUUGGCCAAAGGCAACGACGGAGAACAGCAGUCCAGUGGAUUCUUGCAGCAGCGACGCGGCGGAGGCACGUAGGAAGUGGAAAGGGUGGAUUUGCACAGAGAGUAGCGCAAGAGCUGAUAAGCGUGGUUGAAGGACGCAGCGGGGUUUGGGAGCGAAGGAAUGCCGUACACAAGCUGGGUGUCGCAGCAAGAGCAAACGUUGUCUUGCCUAGGAAGAGAUGAGAGGAAACGGCGAGGAUGCUUCAAGAGUCAGAUCGGGGUAUGAAUGUACACUAUCGGACCCUAGCAUGGUGUCAGAGGGUAUUCCGCUGUAUCAAUCUUCUUCACAUAUAUGGAUAGCCGGGAACUACAUCCGACGCAAUUGAGACCGUAGUUCAUCCUCGUUGUGAUCGACUCUGAGGCUGUGGCUGCUGCC